GGACCACAAUUUUCUUCGUUGGGCUGUUGUAUUGAUCGGACGAAAUGUGUAUGAAGUGUUGAGUGGAAAGUGGAAGGAAAACAUCCAGAAUUUGUGAAAAUUCAAAUCAAACAUGUCAACUGCUACUAAGACGGGUCCUUGUCGAAUUCCAACAUUCGGAUCUCGGAUACCUCAGAUUUCGUCAAAACCCCAACCGGUACGGCCAACGUCAUCUACGGCACCGUCUCCCGAAACCGACAUCUCUGCGAAACACAUCGGCAGGAAAGUUCACGUCGGCGACAAAGAGGGCAUCCUGCGAUACGUCGGCAGCGUCCAUUUUAGUAAAGGCGUGUGGUGCGGCAUCGAACUAACUAACGCGGUCGGUAAGAACGAUGGCCUCGUUAACGGCGUGCGGUACUUUGUUUGUUCCAACCUCCGCGGGUUGAUGGCGCCAAUGACCAAAGUCGCGCUUGUCGAAGGUAGCUGCGAAUCUUUGAACGAAGACAACGCGUCAGGACCGUACUCAAUCCUUUGUUUGGAGUCGAAAGUGAAAAAAGUGCCCGCGAAAAUAAAUUCGGAUAGGUAUGACAAUAAAGAAAAAGUCGACAAGGAAAAUCAAAGUGUGCGGAAACGAAGUUUUGAAAACGAAAACAAAUUUAGAGAAAACGAUACGUACUAUUUAGGAAACAAAACCAAUUCAGUCGAUAAUUUGAAUCACGUUUAUCGUUUCGAUGAAACUUUUAAGAAAAAUUGUACUUUCGAUAAUGUUAACAGUGCUAAGUCUUCAGACGAUCUAAGAAAAUUAUUUUUUAAAGAAAAAAUUGCAAAUAGAAAUUACUCAUACGCUAGUACUAGUUCAAAUGAAAGUUUGCCCAAUGAUAACAAACGAAAACAGGAGCUACACAAUCUUACACAAUCAAUCGAAAAUAUUAUUCAAUUACACAAAGUAGGAAACCAAACUUUCGAUUUAAAAAUAUGUCAAAAUCUAACUUACUCCUCAGAGAGUCUAAAUAAACUUGAACACAACCUAACACAUACAAAACCUACAAAUUCACGUUAUACAGUAACUACCAGCAGUGCGGUGAAACUAAAAAAUCAUGAGCCACGAGAUGGAAUCGACUGCAGCAAUUUCGCACCAAAUUCAAAAAAGCGAACCAACGAAACCUUUGGUGUAGAACCCAACAUUCUUGAAUCUCAAUCUAGCGAGUCAUGCAAUGUCGAUUCGGUUUCUUAUACGCCUGAAACCUUGCCUUAUUUGCCAAUUAACAAAUCUUGUGAAGAUUUACUAAAUGAUUCAACUCUAGAGGUCAAAAGACGAAGAACUUCAAAUCCAAAGUGCCAUAAACCUGGAGGUACGGUGCUCAGGCAUUCUCCUCUUGAUAAACCAAAUUCGUUACCACAACUACGGGGAUCUUAUCAAAACGCAACACCAUGCAAUUCUCUAAAAAAUUUAACACAGUCAACACCAAAACGAAACGAUUCGUUAGAUGAUUUAAGAAAAUUACGGUAUAGCGGAAUAUACCUGAAUAACAGGGAUUCUAUUAAUAAUAAAGAUGACGAUAACAGCAAAAGAGACUCUUUGGAGCUUGAAGAGUCUUUAGGAAUAUUAACCCCUGAUCAAAUGGUUGAUUUUGAUAAAGCGAGAUCGCCCAGUUUAGAAAAUAAUCCUUUUUUAUCUACAAAAUGUGUUACGAAGGAAAUCAAUAAAGGUGCAUUCGAUGUCUUAAAUGUGUUAAAUAUCGACACGUCAAGAAUAAAAGAAACCAAAGAAGAAGUGCAGAGUCCUAACAUUACUAGUGUGACAGAAUAUAGCUUAGGACUCAUUGACCCGGAACAACUACAAUCCGUUACAAUUCUUAAAACGGACACUACCAUGAAUCUUGAAUUACCACUAGAUUCGAUAGUAAAUAAUUCAAAAGAUUUUACUUUAACGCGUUGCGAGGAGACACCGUCUCCAGAAGAGUUACCAUUAGAUACCACUCCUAUAGUAGAGUCAGAGCCCAAAAGCGAUAACGCCACUAAGUCGAAAACGAGCAAUAGCUUUGUCACGAGCAUCACAAGCAUCACUAGUUUAGAUAACGGUUAUCAAGGGGAUGGAGAAAUGUCACGGCCUGCUAGUAGAGGACCGGAUAAUUCGCCCUUAACUAGAAGACCGUACCCCAGACCACAACCGCGCAGGCCCGAUCCGAUGACAGAUUCGGAUUUCUACACAGAAAGCGACGUAGACAAUCACGAAGAUAAUCAAAUCAAAGGUGAUCGUAGAGCUCAAGUAAUUGACGGAACCCUAUAUGGUGUGGACCCACAAGCAGCUGCAGAUAUAUAUGUAAACAACAGGGAGAAUAUGGACUCUAGCGGAAUAUUUACAGAUAUUGAAUCUGGGUUAAGGAACGAAGACGAAAUUGAAAACGAUCACGAUAAUGAAAAUUCUUGUACAGUGCCUCCAGAUGUUUCCCCUUCGGAUAGCUCUAAAACCAUAUCAGGAAAUAGUCAGAGUAACUUACAGGAAAUUCUUCAACAAAAUGUUUCGUUGAAUGAUACUAAUGAAAGUCUAAAUAAAACUGUAAAGGAGAAUCCAAAGAAACGUACAGCUCCUAGUCCAGGAAUUUCCAGUCCGUCCAGUUUGUCCUCUCCACGACAUCAUUCCAAAGACGAAAAUGCUGCCAAAAAGUACAAGAUGCCUAAGAGGGAGGUGGCAUCUAAAGUAAAAGCGAUGAUUGGGCCUAGUCAGUCUCCUUCUGCUGAGAAAAAAGUUGUUAAGAAACCAGUGAAUCGUUGGGAUGCUGUGAUGAACAAGAUCUCAAAAAACGAACAGAAUGAGACAAACUUGAAGGAUAUUAAGUCAAAGGUGUUUGAUAACGUACAUUUGAACAAUUCUCCGAGUAUACCGAGAAACGAGACGAGAAAAACUAACCAGAGGCCAGUAGUUAAUCAAAACAAUAAAACCCGAAGAAUCAGGACUAGAACUACGCAUAAUUCUUCGCCGUUGAAAAAAGUGAUAACUGGCAACGUCGAGAGCAGUAUUCAUAGUUCAUUAAGUGACCUAAGUGCCUCAACAACACCGCCAAAAAAAUCUCCAAGUUCUGCAAAGAAAAGGGAGGCUAUUCAAGUUACACAAGUACUAACUCCAAAUAAGCUAUCAACAAGGAAUCAGCAGAAUCUCGCAGAAAGUAAGAAAAAUGCCAACAUCAGUCCGUCAUCAUCCAAUGAACUCAAAAAUAGGCGAAACAUAUUUUCAUCCAAAGAAAAACCUAAACAACAAUCAACUCUUCCAAAAGAAUCCAGUAAACUUACGGUGAAAGGGGGCCGCACGUCGCCCUCCGUUCGGCCCCCCGCCCCUCAACCCCUUCGGGCUCCAGCCAAGAAAGCACCACCGCUACCCCGAACUGCCGAAGCGCUAGCCGUUCUAGUUCAACAUUUGGUGUUUAAUGUUGAAGCUUUUCAAGUUCCUCACCUCAGACGAGAAGUGGAAAAAUGCAGGAUAGAAACCGAAGAAAUUCGGUUAGCUUGUCGUCAGCUGGAAGAUGCUCUGGCGGAUGAAAGAGGCAAACAAAUUGCUGUUGUUGAAGAGGAAAGAUCCAAAUGUCACGAAGAUAUUGUUGAAAUGGUUGAAAAGCAUCGAGUAGAAGUAGCACAAUUAACACAGCAACAUACACAGGAGUUAAUAUUAGCAAAAGAAAAUGUCGAAAAGCAAUUAUCACAUAAACACGAAGCACAGUUGAGGACGGUUCGACAGGAAUUAGAAAAACUACAAAGGUCCCACGAACAGUCCCUAGAAAUUUUGCGUGAGGAAAACGACGCCAUUCGUGAAGAAGUUGAUGAAAAAAAUCUCGAAUUGGAAAAAGUUAAUCACGAGAGCAUAAAGCUGAAACAAGAUUAUGAAAGCAAAGAAAUCAAGUUAAAAGAAGAGGUUGAUAUGAUGAAACAACAAAAGGAUAGGCUAAAGCAGCAAAUCAUAAAAUUAGAACUCGAUUAUCAAGAAAAAAUUGAUGGUUUAAUAGAAGAGAAUAAAAGGCUGAGAGAAGAAAACGAUAGGUUACUAAGCUAUGGAGAUGAUAAAGAUAUUGGUGCACAGGAAGUGCAGUCAUUAAGAGCUGUACUUGAAUUAAAACAAACAGAAGUAGCAGAUCUAAGGAAGUCCCUAGGACAAGCCAAUCAUAAAUUAGAUAUAUUAAUUAAUGCAGAGGAGAAAGCUUUAGCACUUCAUGCCAGAUGCGAAGAUCUCCAGCAUCAACUGCAAAGAAAAUCCGAAUACGAACAGAACUUGAUCCAAGAGAAUCAAAAACUACAAGAAUCCUUUAAAGAGGAGAUAAACCAGAAGAGGCGCCUUAGUCAGUAUAACGAGGAAUUACAGUGGAAAUUGCGGCAAAAUAAAGACGUUAUUACGAAAGUUAUCGAACAAGCGGAAGAGACGGUGUUCAAUAGAUCGAACGUAUUUAGCUCUAGUUUCAGUGAAAAACAUAGUGCGGUGGCUAAAGCAAAUUUAGAGCGCACCUUAUCGUUUCGCGAAAAAUCGCUCUCGAACAAAAGUAACGCUAGUUUAGACACGUCUUUAAGGAGUCGAAAAUCCAAACCCUCUCUAGAAACGGAAAUGGAAGAUCUGUCACCUCCGUCGUCUCCUAAAGUUAAAGGUGUGGUGGAGAAAUCAGACUCGGUAAGUUACGUACUGGAUUUGGACGAAAGUCCCGACGUCGUAGCUUCUCGUAUUGUCAGAAGAAGCUUCAGGAACACCACUCCACCGAAAAAUACACCUACAAAGUCGCCUUCGAACAAGCGUCCUCGAAUGCGUAAUCCUCUAUCCACGAGUGCGUCUUCUAGUUCUAUCAUCACUUCCAACAGAGAGGAAUGUGAUCGACCGAAAUCUGCAUCGAGUAGGAACGGCAAUUCAGACGACGACGUCUUCAUGUGGAAUAAUACGGCACAAAGCACACCCGUUACCUAUGAUGAAGACAAGAGACCCGACAGUCGACUGUCAACUAGUCCAGGCAUCAAAUUAGAUGACGAUUUGGAUGAGGACCACGAGGUCGACUUGGAGUUGCCCGCACUGCCUAGCGAAAUGGAUAAGAGAAAUGGCAUUUUGGCGUUGCCUAGUCCGAAACACUUGGCUGGCGAUGCCAACGUUUCCGAUAGUAAUUCUGAAGAUGAGAGUACAAGCUCUUCUCAGCUGUGAAGCGACCGCUGCCGCUGGUUGGUUUGAAAGAAUUUAUGCGAUAUAUUGAGAAGUUUACGGUUUAGUUGUAGUUUGAUUUGGGUAAAAUCUCUAUAAAAAUGUUUUCAGUCGAAACAAGAGCUAUCUCAAAUACAUAGUUAGAGAGGGCAGCUAAAACUUUAUAAAAGUAUCGUUAUAGAGAAGUAUUAUUUAAAAUGUCAACAAACAAAAAUGGUCAUAAUUAUUUUAAUAUUUAGUAGCAGUCAAAUAAUGAGAUUUUCUAUGUGAUUUUGGUAUGUUUAAACACUGAACGGUUUCAUUUUUUUUAAUAUAUUAAAUUGACUCUAACUUUUAA